AUGUUCAAUUCUUUUUUGUUUCUAGCUGAUUAUUCAUUUAAUGAUAACAGUUCAAGUCAAAGUUAUGGAGAAGUUAAUCAACUUGGUGGUGUUUUUGUCAAUGGACGACCAUUACCAACACCAAUUCGUUUACGAAUUGUUGAAAUGGCUAAUUUAGGAGUACGUCCAUGUGAUAUUAGUCGUCGUUUAAAAGUUUCACAUGGAUGUGUUAGUAAAAUUCUUGCUCGUUAUCAUGAAACAGGUAAGUUGUUUUUGAACGAACUAUUUAGUAUUUUUGAUUUUGUUAUUUUUUGUUUUGUUUUUGUUGGAGGUUCUGUAUUACCAGGUGCUAUUGGUGGCAGUAAACCACGUGUAACAACACCACGUGUUGUUGGUCGUAUACGUGAUUAUAAAGUUAAAGAUCCUGGCAUGUUUGCAUGGGAAAUACGUGAAAAAUUAUUAUUAGAUAAUGUAUGCGAUAAAUUUAAUGUACCAUCAGUAUCAUCAAUUUCACGUAUUUUACGUAAUAAAAUUGGUCCUUUAUCACAACCAUGUAAUGGAAUUGGAGAAGGAAAUAGUGAACAUAGUGAUUCAAAUUCUUCCCCACCUGUUCCAUCAACAUCAUCAUUUGUAUCAACUACAAUACCUUCAUCUACAGUAUCAAUAACAAAACAUGAGCUUUCACCCAUUAAUACACCAUCAACUUUGUCAUCAUCUGGAUCAAUAUGUAAAAUAGAACCACCAGCAUGGUUACCUUAUGAUCAAGUAUCAACAUCACAUCAUCAUCAUCGUUAUCUUUAUCCAACUGUAUCGUAUCAUUCAACAUUUCAACAACAAUUUGAAUCAGCUAUAAAAUCACCUUAUACAGGAGGAAAUUCUAUUGUAUCUAAUUCAGAAAGUCCAUUUUUACAUACACCUCAUUAUCAUCAACAAAAUUAUCAUCAUCAUCAUCAUCAUCAACAACAACAGAAUACAUCUAUUAAUAAUACAGCGAAUUAUGCAUCGUUUUUUAAUCCUUUUCCCUAUGCGCAAACAAGUAAUUUUGCUGUUGCAACGCCAUAUUAUUCAUCGUCUUAUGGUUUACCGUUGACACCACAAGCUUCGUAA